AUGAAUGAUGGGCUGCCGGGCCUGUCCAAUGCGGACGGCAGGCGACCUUCCCCAUCGCCUGUCGCUAUCUUGGACCAGACCUUGAGCAGCUUGGGUAACCCCAGCGACUUGACGUCCGGACGACUGGCCGCUACGCUCGUCCUCGCUCUGUCUGAUCAAUCGGAGGAUACACCUUCUGUCCUGGAGCGCCCUCAUCAACGCGCUCUCAUUCGAGCAGUCGCAGAGCGAAUAUCUCCAGACGUCUUGAUUGAUGCCGUGAUGCAAGCCCUGCCAGACUUGAGGUGAGUCGUAUGCUUUUGGCAUCUCGUUCUCGUCGUGAUCGUGUCUUAUCACUGAUUGCAUCUCUUCUUGUGCCUGUCUACCAACAUCCUGGCUUGCCAGACUUCGUUCAUCGCGCUCUGUCGCCAGCUUUCUCGCAGAUAUUGGACCUGCAGGAGUUCCUAAAGUUGAAGUCGUGCGCGCAAUCCUAUCGCGCUUCCGCGUCGACGCCUCCCCAGUGGAUGAGAGGACGGUGGCAGAGAUCUUGGCAGGGCUUCUCGUCGUGCAACCUGAGGAGCUCGGCGGAGCUCCAGCGACCGAUUUUGCCAUCGUCGCAUCAGCUCUGCGAUCCUUUACCCGAUCUCUCAAUUGGUCGCGCGUAGUCCGCUCAUUGGAUGAGGCUCCAUCUCUCGCCUUCUCACCCCGCAACGACUGGCGAGGGUUCGCUUCCUUCCUCAAUUCCGCUUCCAAUGACCUUCAAGCGCCGGCUGUGUUGGGCCUGUGGGGCGCUUGGAUCCACCGCCUGCGCCAACUUCAAAUUUUGAGCGGUCUAGUCUCUCUGGACCUUCAGCUGUUUUCGUUCGCCUCGCUCCCGGGUCGAAGGGUGGUUCGCGAAGAAGAUGUAGCGAACGUAAACGCGACGGUGCGGAGCCUAGCCCAACAAGUUCAAGGCAACACUUGGAACUCGCUCGAUUUAGUGGAAACGCUCACGCUGAUAGCCAACACGGAUGAUACUGAGGUCAGACACGCAGUGACGGAGCUGUUGGAAAGGGCAGUCAAGACUAGUGCGGAACUAGUCCUCAUGGCUUUGGUUCAGAUCCCUGUGAGUUUGUGUGUGUGGAGAUGGAUACCUCGAGGAAUGCAGCAAAAUUGACACAUUUGAGGCCAAUCGACGCCCAACAGCAACCAUGGACCUCGAUGCAUUCGGACCUGGCUUCAAAGUUGCUGUCGAUGUUCCUCUCUGGGCACCCCAGCCACCAGCUUGUCUUCUCACGAUUGUGGCAGACCAAUAGGACUUAUCUUCUGAACGCGUUUAGGACCUACUACAGCGAGAACCCUAUGAACGUCACGCGCUUGCUAGACGUGGCUCAGGACCUCAAGAUUCUUGAAGCACUUUUAGCCAUCAGGCCCUUUCAGUUUGCGCUUGAUGUCGCAGCACUGGCUUCCCGUCGGGAGUACUUGAACUUGGACAAGUGGUUGCAAGAUCAAAUUACAGAGAAUGGGAGCGGCUUUGUUCAAGCUGCUUUGCAAUUCGUUGAUUCCAAAGCGAAGGACGAUCUGGCAAAGAAGGACCCUCAAGCCGAGCAGCAGUACAUGCCACUGACAGUUCAGACUGUCGCCACCUUCUUGCGCGUCAUGCGACAGAAUGGAGAUACGAUGAGCGCUGAAGACGUCGCGCUGUUCAAGACGGUGCGCAACCUGUGCUUGCAAGUCUAUCCCCGUCUGAUGAAUCUUGCCCCUGGGAGCGAGUCGUUAGAGCCCGGGCUGCAAGUGACGACUUUCGCUCAAGACAUCCAUGAUGAGGUGAGUAGCAUCCCCUGGCCUGUACAUCUGCCUGCAUGUCAAUCUGACUCGAAGACCCGCAUGCUUGCCCCCUUUUGCUGGCAGGCCGACAGCUGGUACCGCAAAAUGUAUGAAGACGAGAUCGGGAUCGAGGAUCUCGUUUCCCUUCUGCAGCGAACGAAGGCUUCCAGUGACGCGCGCGAUCACCAGGUCUUCGCCUGCAUGGUGCACACCCUAUUCGACGAGUACAGGUGGUUCGACCUGUACUACCCACCCCGCGAGCUUGCCAUGACGGCGGUCGUGUUCGGAUCCUUGAUUCAGCACCAGCUGAUCGAUUACAUACCGCUAGGUAUUGCCAUUCGCUACGUGCUGGAUGCGCUUCGAGAGCCCAUCCAGUCAAGCAUGUUCCAAUUUGGACUGCAAGCCUUGCUUCGCUUUCGCGAGCGACUCGCGGAGUGGCCACAACUUGGACAGGCGCUGUUGGGACUGCCUGCUCCGCAACAGGCGCAUCCUGAGAUCGAGCGCGUCUUGCGCGCCAUCCAGUCCGGUCAGCUUGCAGAUCUUUCACAGAGCACGUCAGAGCCGGUCUUGCCUGAAAUGCCCGGCGAAACGCCAAAGCUGUCAUUCACCGCAGUGCAUGCCGACCCGAUGCCUGACGCAGAAGUUCAGGAGGAACCAACGGAGGAGGUCUCCGACAAAAUUUUAUUCAUCAUCAACAAUCUCUCGCCCAGCAAUAUCGACUCGAAGCUGGUCGAGGCGAGGCGAUUGGUGAAGCCAGCGCUCCAUCACUGGCUCUCUGCGUAUCUGGUGCUGCAGCGGGUGAGCAUCGAGCCGAACAACCACGAGCUGUACACGCAAUUCAUCGAUGGCUUGGAUUCCGCUGCAAUGCUCCUCCGCCACAUUCUGCACGAGACACUGUCGAAAGUUGAGGUACUACUCAAUUCGGACAAGACUGUCUCGUCCACGACCGAACGGACCUUGCUCAAGAACCUCGCCUCGUGGCUGGGAGGUCUGACGCUGGCUCGCAACAAGCCGAUUCGUCACCGGAACAUUGCUUUCAAAGACUUGCUCAUCCAGGGCUACGACAGCAACCGUCUCAUCGUGGCGAUCCCUUUUGUUUGCAAAUUGCUGGAGCAGUGUCCUCGAUCCAAAGUGUUCGUGCCGCCGAAUCCUUGGCUCAUGUCUGUGCUCAAGCUGCUUGCCGAGCUCUACCACUUCGCUGAACUCAAGCUAAAUCUCAAAUUCGAGAUCGAGGUCCUUUGCAAGACGUUGUCUAUUGACCUUACGAAGCUCGAAUCGACGACGACGCUUCGAACUCGACCAGAUGAGCUCGCUGCCGCUGCGCAGCUUGAAAUGGAACAGCAACAACACAUGCUCGAGCAGCAGCGCCUUCAGCAGCAACGCGAUCAGCAGCAUCUUCAGCAGCAACAGCAAUUUGCCGCGCGCCAGCAGCAGCCUCAUCAGCUGCAGCAAGGCCCAUAUGGCCAGCAGCCUAAUCAACAGCAGCUGCAAUACGCCCAGCAGCAGCAACGUUUGGCUCAGCCCCAGCAUAUGCAUCCUCACCAAGGACAGCAGCAGGGAGCCCAGCACCUUGCUCAGGACUUUGACCGCUUGUCGAUGGCAAAUGCUGGCACGUAUGGUCCAGGCGGCAUGCGCACAAUGCCAAACGAUGCUCAGCGCAGCAGAGUUGCAACCCUCGCGUCGCAGCAACAGCAGCAACAGAUUUCUCAGCACCAUCAACAGCACGCUCUUCUGCAACAGCAGCAGCAACAGCAGCUGCAGCAGCCUCAACAACAUGCUCAAGCGCAACGCGAACCCCUACAGGCUCCUGCUGCUGGUGCCCAAUCGUACUCAGAGUCGUUGGAGCUCACGCUGCAGAAUUUGUCAGCGUACCUUGUCUUCAGCCCACAGCUUUCCGAGGUGUCCUCUAGCCCAGCUCUGAAGCAGAUCAUCCAUGUCGCUAUCGAGCGUGCCAUCCGAGAGAUCACUGCUCCCGUUGUAGAGCGCUCAGUCACCAUAGCAUCGAUCUCUUCGCGGGAGUUGGUGCUCAAGGAUUUCGCAAUGGAAGGCGAUGAGGAGAAAAUGCGCAAAGCUGCCCACCAAAUGUCGCAGAAUCUAGCAGGAAGUCUCGCUCUGGUCACCUGCAAAGAGCCGCUUCGCAUCAGCAUGGUCACUCAAGCCCGUUCCUUGCUCGCCCAGAGCGGUGUCACAGAGCAAGCGCUGCCAGAAUCCGUUCUCACGUCUGUCAUGGGCGACAAUUUGGAACUCGCCUGCUCAAUUGUGGAGCGCGCAGCCAUGGACAAAGCUUUGCCGGAGGUCGACAGCGGGCUGGAUGGCGCGUACGCUGCCAGGCGCGACCAUCGCGCGCGCAGCAGGGGCUACUACUGGGAUAGUCAGGCCCUGACCACCUCUCAAUACGUCGCCACGCUGCCCGAUUACCUGCGCCUGAAGCCCGAAGGUCUUCUGCCUGAACAGCUUCGAGUGUAUGAUGACUUUGGCAAGACAAGUGGGAUUUCGUCCCCUGACGCACCGGCCGAACGCGAUCAGCCUUCCGCAGAAGGUAACGGAGUGUCGCCACAAUCAAGCGUCGGACCUGGGCAGCUCGUCGCGGGUAGCCUAUCGCCCCAACAGAGCCUGGAGCGCUUUAACCACCUCCUGUCGGAGCUUGAAAGGCUUCUUCAACAGGCGUCUCCUGCAGCAUCGCUUGCCUCUUUGCCGCCGGACGACGGCUUGCGCAACAUCAUCCGCCAGGUGCCCAUCCUAGCCGCUGCGUCCACUAGCCGCGAUGCGACCGCCUUCGCAUUCUCGCACAAGGUGGUCCAGCUACUGUACAAGUCGGAAAGCCGACUUGCUCGCGAGGCGCACGUGUUGCUCCUGGAGCGUCUGUGCGAGCUGUCUGCACGCGUGGCGAAGGAAGUGACGCAGUGGAUUAUCUACGCAGAGGACGAGCGCAAGUUCAACGUUUCGGUCGCCGCCACACUCAUUCGGACUGGCAUUGUCAACAUUGUCGAGCACGACCAACAGCUGGCCAAGUUGAUUUUGCGGGACUUCAAGUCUAGCGUGGUGGACUUCUCUGCUCGCCUUGCGCUCGAGUGCCUGAAGGAGCCAGCAUGCGCCACCCGCGGUCAGCUCAUGCAUUCGUUGGAUGCUCUCGCGCAGGCGGACCGCCUCGGCAAGUCAACAGAAGCGAGCGCAUUCUUGCUUUCAGAAAUCGAGACUGGGCAUCUGAACAAAGCUCAGACCGACGUCACCAAUUCUGCUUUACGCGAACAGCUCGCUUAUUGCUUUGCGGAAUGGGUACGUCUCUUCCAGCAGUCACCAAACCCAGAGAAAGUGUUCGUCAACUUCGUCACCCAAUUGCAGCAACAAGGCAUCCUCAAAGGAGAAGAUAUCUCCUCCAUGUUCUACAGGGUGUGCACGGAAGUCGGGAUUGACAGCUACAUCAAGCAAAAGGCCUUGGGCGGCACCUUCGGAACAGGCAUCUUCUCGCCGAUCGACGCUUUUUCGAAGCUUGUAGUUUUGCUGAUCAAGCAUCAUUCAGAUCCUAGUGGUGCGGAUAACGAGCAGGCCAGAGCGCAUUACUUGACCAAAAUUCUGUCAAUCAUCGUCUUGGUCUUGGCCCAAUCGCACGAGGAGCUUGGCGCGCACUUCCAACAGAAGCCAUUCUUCCGUCUCUUCAGCAGUCUUUUGCACGAUUUCCAUGCCGCUUCGUCCUCGCUCGGCAACACGUACAUGAGAGCACUGCUGGCCAUCGCGAACACUUUGAACACGCUGCAGCCGUCGUUCUUCCCAGGCUUCACCUUCUCCUGGAUGGCGCUCAUGUCCCACAGAUUGUUCAUGCCGAAGCUGCUAGGCAUGCCUCUGGAGCGCGACGCGUCCAGAGUCACGCUGCACUCCGAAGCUCAAGCCGCAUUUCUGCGACUCUACAGCAGUCUCGUGCACUUUGCUGCGCCCUUCAUCCGCACAGCAGUAUUGCAAGACACGUCUCGCGAGCUAUACCGCGGCUUGUUGCGCAUCACCUUGGUGCUCCUACACGACUUCCCUGACUUCCUGAGCACCCAUCAUCAGGCGCUUUGCGACGUAAUCCCCGUUUCGUGUGUGCAGCUGCGCAACAUCGUACUCGCAGCCUAUCCGCCACGCCGAGAACGUCUUCCAGAUCCAUUCACUGCAAGCGUGACCAUUGAUCGACUUCCCGAGGCGGCAAUUUUGCCAAUCAUCCCUCGCGGUUACACGCAUAGUUUGGAGGGCCAGUCUCGAGGCUUCAAGAGUGCUUUGGAUUCAUAUCUUGCCCAACGAGCUCCUGCCUCCUUCUUGUCUAGCUUAAAGACGGCUCUGUUCUCUCCUGUGGCCAACUCGGAGCCGGUCGAUUACGGCAAGGGCGAGUUGCGUUACGAUUAUGAGUUGAUCAACGCCUUCGUACUUCAUGUGGGAAUAGCAGCAGCAGCAGCUCAAGACGGUCUCCUCAACAGCCAGCCUCGAACGGAUGUCGGCCUUGUCAUCUUUAGACACCUCAUGGCCGAUGCGGACGCUGAGGGCCGUUACUUGGUGCUGACUGCCGCCGCUAAUCAGCUGCGCUAUCCGAACAGGCACACUGCCUAUUUCAGUUGCCUGCUGCUGCACCUUUACGGUGAGACCACAGAGACUGAUGUUACGGUUCAAGAGCAGAUCGCCCGCGUCUUGAUCGAAAGGAUGGUCGCAGCGCGACCUCACCCGUGGGGACUGUUGAUGACGGCGUUCGAGCUGCUGCGUAACCCGCGCUUCGUCCUACCACAACAUGCUCCUCGCGAGAUCGAGCUCAUGUUGCGGCAUAUGCGUGCGGAUCUGACCCAACAGACCCAAACGGAUGGCCAACCUGAUGGGCGCGCCCAUUCCUACAACAACAGCAACCAGCAAUAUGCUGUACAUCGAAUCAACGGAGACAGCGAAGGUGAUCGAGCCGGCGAGUUGGGUGCGGCAAGAGCCUGA